UCCUCUUCAGUGAAAUGCAGCUGCGCCAUUACUCCUUUGUCCAUUGAAGAGAAGCUACUUGCCACGGAAAGAUACCGGCGGCUCUGCAACAACUUCACCAUUUAUUUUGUUGCACUCAAACAGCGUUAUCUAUUAGCUGCAGUUUCGUUGCAAGCGAAGCUAACGAACAUAGCCAGGCUUUGUUCGUUUAUAUUUGGCGGUCUUAGUCUAUUAUGAGCAGUUCUGAGCCCGCCAUCGAGUCGAGCCCUCAGAAGAAAAUCAAAAUGGAAGACAGCAAAUACCUGCCGGAGCUCCUGGCCGAGAAAGACAGCCUGGAUUCCUCUUUCACGCACGCCAUGAAACUUAUUUCUGCAGAGAUUGAUAGGAUUAAUAAAGGAGAAACCAAGAAAGAGUCGGAGAAGGAAAUCUACCAGGAUCUGUUUGCCAACAAGAAUCUCAAACUGAAAGAGCGGGUACUCAUUCCUACCAAGCAGUACCCUAGGGUCAACUUUGUUGGUAAGCUCUUGGGCCCCCAGGGCAGCACAAUCAAGAGACUCCAGGAAGAGACUGGAGCAAAGAUUUCAGUUCUGGGUAAAGGUUCCAUGAGGGACAAGAAUAAGGAGGAAGAGCUGAGGAAGGGUGGCGAGGCCAAAUAUGCUCACCUGUCCAUGGAGCUGCAUGUGUUCAUAGAGGUGAUGGCCCCUAUCCCAGAGGCCUACAUGCGCAUGGCUCAUGCCAUGGAGGAGGUCAAAAAAUUCCUUAUUCCGGAACCCGGUGAGCAUGACCCCUUCAUGGAUCCUCACUUCCUGAACGGAUCACAGGAUGGUGGCAGGGGGCGUGGUGGUCACCUAGGAAGAGGCAGAGGCGGACCACCUGGUGCUGGAGGACCAAGGGGGCGAGGAAUGCCACGUGGGGGACCUCGAGGAGCAAUGCGUGGUGGCGGACCACGGGGAGGAGGGAUGGGAAGGGGCAACGGCCAUAGAGGUGCACCGUCUGGCAGGGGUGGCCCUCCUGCUGUGCCAAACAGAGGAGGCUCAGCUCCCCGCUCUAGGCCCCCAACAGGAGGCGCUCAGAGGAUGCUCCCCUCUUCAGCCAUGUCCCACCAGCAGGGCCCUGCUUCAUCACAGCCCAAAGCUGAAGGCUAUGAGGACUAUCCUUCAUAUGAUGAGACCUUCGCAGAAGCUGCCUACGAGGGAUAUGAUAAUUAUUAUAAUCAGCAGUCUGCACCUGCGGAUACUGAAUAUUAUGAUUACGGACACGGAGAGGCACAGGAUACCCCAUAUGAGCCAUAUGCUCAAGAUGAAGGGUGGGAAAACUCUUGGAACAACUCCGGGGCUGGAGGCAAAUCCACCGCGGCCCGGCAGACGAAGGGAUCCUUCAGAGAGCACCCCUAUGGCAGAUACUGAACUGGUAGAGAGUUGUUAUGGCAACUGUCUCCGAUUGUAACUCCCUGAACUUUUCUAAAGUAAUUUCCCUCUCGUUUGUUCCCUUUUUUUUAAAAUAUUGUUUAUUUUAUUUUUUAACUCGAUAGACAUUUUGUUGGAUGUAUGAUAGCGUGCCAGAGGAGAAACAUGGAGACAAACUUUUUCAUUGUUUAUCUGUUUCCAUUAAUGUUUUCAGUUGCGUAGUUGGCAGGUCUUAGUGACAUAACCCUAACAAAGCAAAAAGAGUAACAUUUUAGUGAUAUUUGAUGGUUAUCCUUUCAGUUAAUUGUUCCUGAACAAAAUAUGAUUGUGGCGAUAAAUUAUUUACAAUUAGGCUGCAUUUAAAAAGUCCUUAAGGACUGGACAAAAAUGAUCAUAAUGCCUCAAUGUUACUUUACUAUAACUAUAUUUCGUUACAAACUCAAAAACCGAGCCGUUGUGAUAAUAAACAGAAGUCAUAUAUUUGUUUAUACUAUAAUACAAAUCUAGUCUUGUGUGAAGUUAAUGGCUCCUAAAAUACUAUUGAAAAAUGUUUCUAUUUUUGCCACCAUUUACAAUUGUUGUAUGAAAUAUUACUUGCAAAAUCAAUGCUGAUCGUCUACUUCUUGUAAAGCUUGUAGGGUUAACAAUCCUUGCUGUGAGAGGAAGGCUGCUGCCAACUCAAUAUUUUGUACAUAACCUUAGGACAAAUGUGUAUGCUUUAAGCCGUGCCGUCUCCAAAAUGCAUAAUGCUUGUGUACCUUUGGCUAAAUAGGAUACUAAAUAUAUCCCAAAAUGUUUUUCUGCAGUGCGUGUUUCAAUAAAGUUUCUAGUUUCUUCUUAAUCAAUCUAAACAUGGUAUUUUGCCUUUGUUGUACCAAAGGAAUGCCUUCAGUUUGUGAAAGUGGUCCUCAGUGGUUUCUCAACAACGCAGAAAAAGCUGUAUGUAUACACGUCAGCCUGACAAAAAACAAAAGCAGUGUUUUGACAAUGAGCUUUAUCCUCUUCGUCUGUUUUCAAAAAUUAUCUAAAGGACACUUGUAAUGUCACCUUCAAAAAAAUACAAAUAAAGCUCUUAUCUUGAGAUAAUGUGCUGCCAAAUACAUGUUUUAUUGAGAAUGAUAUAGUGCUUGAACAUGUAUUGUCAUUAGCCUUUAGUUAGUCUAUCUACUCAAGCUCUCAAGAGCAAUGUAUCUUCAGCCCGCUUGAAAUAACUGAAUUUCAACAGUAUUUCAAAUCAAGCUUGCAGGGAUCUUACUUGACUUUGAUGCAAAGUCACGCUGGCUGGUUAUAAUAAAAGAAAAAAAUCGCAGAGGAGAGGAUUCUAAAAGCCUAAAGAUCGCCACAAGAAGGUAAAACUAACCCCAACACUCAUUUUUUAGAUUUUUGUUUUUUCUGUGCAAAACAUCAAGUAAUGAAAGUCAUCAAAAACAUUUGACGUACAAAAUUAUGCUAUCUGUAGUUAUUUCCGAGCAAAAUUAGCCGUAGAAAACAACCAGAAAUGGUUGUGAUGCAACUCUUGCUCAAAUAAACCCAUAAUGGUCCACUCAUUUCACUCAAUACUUAGCCAUUUCCAUCUUGUUAAUGUCUCUAGAAUGUAGAUUAAUGAAAAUUAGUAGUUGCACUCAAAACGUUAAAAAUAUCCCAUUGUUGGACAAAAACCUUCAGCUUGAGUUGCAUGGAUCUUUUGUAGCGUACUGUUAGUUUUGCAUGUCUGUUAUUAUCCACUGUGCGUGUAGGCACGGAUGUGUCCAUGUUCUCAUUUCUGUUUCUCUUCUUAGGUUGUCAGAAAACUGUUUGUGCAUUUUACACAUUCAACUCCAGUUUACCAGGCUUUAUGGUCCAUUGAAAGUCCCUGGAAAGAGCAGAGGCCUUGCAGUGUUUCUGAGACCGAAUGCUUUUUUGUAUGGUU